AUGAAGCUUGGGCCGGACCUCUUAUUUGCUGCUGGAAAUGUGGACUUGGUUGAUGCAUUUAAUUCCGAAAAUAAUUGGUUGCUGCAGAUUUGUUUGGAGAAAGAAUGGGCCGGCUUGGUUUUGGACUGUGAUCGUGAUAAUAGCAAAUCCACCACAGGUUAUGUGUUUGCACUUGCUGGCGGAGCUGUAAGCUGGGUUUCAAAACUACAAAGCAACAUUAACCAAGAUCAUAAUAAACUACCACCAGGGCCUCCAAAGCUCCCGAUCAUUGGCAACAUGCACCAGAUGCUCGGCCCUCUUCCACAUCGGAUCCUUCAAAAGCUAUCCAAGAGGUACGGGCCCAUCAUGCACCUAAAACUCGGCGAGAUCUCCCAUGUGAUUGUUUCCUCCCCAGCAGUAGCUAGAGAGAUCAUGAAGACCCGUGAUCCAAACUUCGCCGAUAGAGCGAUAUCAGCUACCACCAAGAUCGAAGAGGUUCAUAAUCUCAUGCUGUCUAUUUCUUCUUCCCAUGGUUCGGUCGUAAAUCUUAGUCAGAAGAUAAUUCCGAUGAUAAAUACUAUACUAACAAGGUUCGCCAUCGGGGACAAGUGGAAGGAUCAGGCUGAGUUUUUGUCGACGAUGAAGGAUGUUGUUAGUAAUGCUGCAGGCAAUGAUUUGUCUGACUUGUUCCCUUCAUUGUCCUGGCUCAUGUGUCUCAUAAGUAGGCCUAAGGUUAAAGUAUUGGAGGAGUGCUUUAAGAAGGUUGAUCCAGUAAUUGAAGGAAUCAUCCAACAGCAUAAAGAUAAGAGAACAAAUCAAGGCGAAGGUGGAAAAGAUUGCAAAAAUGACAAUUUGGUCGAUAUCCUCAUCGGUCUUCAGGAGCGCGACCUUCAAUUUGAAAUCGAUGCUGAUUGUAUCAAGGCUGUGAUAUUGGACAUUAUUGGAGCCGGGAGUGAGACGUCAUCCACAGUCAUACUAUGGGCUAUGUCAGAGCUAAUGAAGAACCCUAGGGUUAUGAAGAGAGUGCAGUCAGAAAUGAGGGAGAUUCUCAAAGGAAAAGCAGCAGUGACUGAGACCGACACAAAGCAACUAACCUAUCUCCAUCUAGUAAUUAAAGAGACGUUGCGUCUACACGCUCCAGCUGCACUACUACUACCCCAAGUGUGCCAAAAAACAACUGAAGUGCACGGCUACGUAAUCCAGGAGAAAACAAGGGUAAUUGUGAAUACCUGGGCCAUUGGACGAGAUCCACUGUACUGGGAAGAUGCCGAAGAGUUCAAGCCGGAGAGGUUCGAAGGGAGCCUAAUUGAUUACAAAGGCGAAGGUUUUGAGUUGUUGGCGUUUGGAGCAGGACGGAGAACGUGCCCCGGGAUGAUCUUCGGGCUGGCAGAUGUGGAGCUUCCUCUUGCUCAGAUGCUCUACUACUUCGACUGGGAGCUGCCUGAUGGGGUUGAGAGCGAUGAUCUGGACAUGAGUGAGACUUAUGGAUUGACAGCACGAAGGAAGUCCGACCUUUGCUUACGUGCGAUUUCUCGCAUUCCUUACGUUGAAGUAUAG